CGGUUGACACUCUAGUCUUUUAACGGGCAUAAGGAAAGUAAUUUCUUGUCAGAUGCAUUUUUCAUAAUAACAUCAUCCAUUUCUAAUAUUAUACAAUAUUAGAAAUUUUUAAUUAUUUCCAAUUAACUAAUGUGACGUAUUCAAAUAAUUUGAAGGAAGUUUAAAUUUCAAAAAAAUCAAAAAACAUUCGAUAUAAUGAAAAAUUUGUGACGAGCUUGUUGUGACAAAUAAUCUUUUUGACUUCUGCAAUCUCAUAAAUUAUGGAGCUUUUUGAUGAUCCAAAAGUUAAACGGACUUAUCUUAAAAGUAAAAUUCGAGUGAAACAAUGGGAGAGUAAUUUUAUGGAAAAAUAUGGACGUAAACCAAAUAAGAACGAUAUUAGGGAAGCGGACAUCAAGAUUCGACAUUCAUACAAAACUUAUUGGAAUUUAAAGACCCAAGCUCUAGACGAAACACUGACCGACAUCACAUUCGAUGAGGAAUCAAACACUUCAAUGACUUCAGCUUUCAGUUCGCCAAACACAAAAGAAGUCGUCAAUGACAUAACAAAUCUGACUCUAAAUUCUUCAACUCAAGAGGUGGAAAAUUCUGUUUUAGAAACUUCCGUUACGGACACAACUUUCUCCGAAAUUUGCCUAGCGGAAAAGACAAUAACCGAAUCUCCUCCAGACAAUACAAAUGUCAAAGGUGUCUGGGGUGAUCAUCUUUCGAAUAAAAAUCUUCCCAAACGUGGCAAGGGUCUUUCAAUCGGAAAAUACCCCUCGUUUCAGCUGUCGCAAAAAAUGUUCAAAAGUUCCAGUUUCUCGAAGAAAAAUCCCCGAAAGUCCCUGUCGAUGUCGAGGAUAAAAUCGAAGGAUAAAAUCGAGGAUAAUUUACUGAGUAAGCCAGUGGAAUCAACGAAUGACGGAUUUGACACGCCGGAAAUAACGGAAGCACUACUCGGCGAGAAAAUGAAAAUUAUUCACGAGGAAACGAAAAUUUCGACUCAGUCUUUGAAUACAAUUCAGCAGUUGAUCGAGGGCCGCACUCUCACGAGCAGGACAAUUAAUCAAGGCUGGCUGGAGAGAUGUGGAAUGAAAAAUCAAACUCAAACUCCCGAAGUGUCGCCAAUUGAACCACGAAGACUGUCCGGAGUGAGUGACUCGGGAGUCGAAUCAAUGGAGAGCAGUAUUCACUCGCUGAAGGAAUCCGUUCAGAGUCAUUCGACGAAUGUCGACACUCAAUCGACACACGAUUCCGACGAAGACUUUGUACUCAACAGCGAUUCCGAGGAGGAGCGACGUAGCAAACGAAUUCGAAAUUUCAACAAAUUCUCCUGUGAUAUUGAGAAUUUAGCGAAACGACCUUGCUUUUUCGAGCAACCCUCGAAGUCUUCUCAAAGUCUCCUUGAUUAUACACCUUGUACACCUCGAGAGAGUGAAGCCGAAAAUUCGAAAAUGGAAAUAGUAAGUCGUCACGAGAAUUUAAUCGAGGAAACACCGACUGAAAGAAUUGAGAAAAAAGAGACUGAAGAAUUACCAAAAACUAAACGUACUCACACCAAACGAAAGGGUCGUAGGAAAAUGAUAGAAUCAGACGAGGACAGCGAUCCGGAGUAUUCGCAAGAGUCGAAGAAGAAAAUGCCAAAAAGAACCACAAAAGUCCCGAGGGCGAAGAAGAGCGUCCCUAACGAACCAACGACGAAAACUCGAGCAACAAGAAAAUCGACGAAACAAAAGGAGAAUGUCGACCAAGAAACUGUCGUCGUCGACGAGAAUGAUGUCACUUUUGGCAUAGAAUCCCUGGAUGUAGUUCCACGUUUACCAAUGAAAGGCUACGGCACCGGAGAUUUAAUCACCGAUUUCUCCAAAGUUCUGGCAGGAAAGAAUGAAAAGGAAAAUGACACCGGUUCGAAUGAAUCGAAACUUGGGAAUAAGUUAACAGCCAAGGACAAACUGGAACAGAAGAUGAAGCGAGGGGAAUUAAAUGAUAAUUACGUGAGAGUGAAUUUGAAGAAGAAAGUCUUUGUCCGGGGGAAGAAAUCAUUCAAUUUUUCGAAAUUCAAAAAGGGUCAGUGGAAGCAGAGGAAAAAGGAUUUGUCCUCGAGUGCUGCGAGUUUGGACGCGGCGGAUUUCGCCGAGAAAACAGGAGGCGCUUGUCAUCUGUGUGGUGAAAUGGGCCAUUUUGCAAGGCAGUGCAAAAAUCGUAAGGGCGAGGAACUGCUUCCACUAGAACAAGUUAAUGAUAAAUCAGAGUUUCCAACAUUGGAGGAGGCUGAGGAAAUGGCGAGAAGAAACGCUCUUAUCGCUCACUCUUCGAGAAUGGAUCGACUUCCGAAAACUUUGCCUAAAACAGUUGAAGGCAGCACGGAAGUUGAUGAGGAACUCGAGUUUUCAGAUUGGGAAGACGAAGCACCUGAAGAAGAGCAAAUUCAAACUGGAUGCAGAAUUCCAAAGGAGUUGAUAGAAAAACUUUUGCCACCUGAAAUUUGUCAAGUGAAACCAGUUUAUCCUCUUGGACCAGACAAUUCUCUCAUAAAAACACCAGAUGAAGUUUUUAAAGCAUUGAAGGACUUUGGUCAUGACUCGUUCCGUCCGGGGCAAGAAAAAGCCGUGAUGAGAAUUCUCUCCGGACAAUCGACCCUCUUGACACUGUCGACAGGAUCGGGAAAGUCACUUUGCUACCAACUUCCGGCCUACAUCUAUGCAAAGAAGUCCAAUUGCAUAACCUUAGUCAUUUCGCCCCUUGUGUCCUUGAUGGAUGACCAGGUGACGGGAAUUCCAUCUUUCCUGUCGGCGGCGUGCUUGCACACAAAUCAGUCGGAGAAGGUUCGCGGGAAGGUCAUGGAUUCGGUGAGGAAUGGAAAGUUGAGUAUUCUCCUUGUCUCUCCGGAAGCAGUGGUCGCUGGCGAAAAGUCAACUGGAUUCGGUGCCCUUUUUAGACAGUUGCCACCAAUUGCCUUCGCCUGCAUCGACGAGGCCCAUUGUAUCUCUCAGUGGUCGCACAAUUUCAGACCCUCGUAUCUCAUGGUGUCUCGCGUCCUGAAGGAAAAAUUGGGAGUGAAAACAAUUCUCGGUCUAACUGCGACUGCGACGAAUUCAACGGCCGAGAGUAUUGUGAAUCAUUUAAAUAUUCAGGACAAACUGGAAGGAAUUAUCAGCGAUGUUCCAAUGCCGUCGAAUUUAAUUCUCACUAUUUCCAGAGACGAGAAUAGAAAUGUGGCGCUUAUAGAUCUUUUGAAGAGUGAACGAUUUGAGAAAUGCGACUCGAUCAUUGUUUACUGCACGAGGCGCGAGGAAUGUGUAAGAAUCGCUGGACUUAUCCGAGUUUCACUUCAGGUCCACGGAAAUCGAGAGAGUGGCAAUGUGAAAGUGUCAAAAAUUGCAGAAGCAUAUCACGCAGGAUUGUCUGCUUACCGUAGGAAAAUAGUGCAAAAGUCCUUUAUGAGCGGGGAAACUCGAAUAGUCGUCGCCACCGUGGCCUUUGGAAUGGGAAUAAACAAAUCGAACAUUCGAUCAGUAAUUCAUUUCAACAUGCCGGCGAGUUUCGAGAAUUACGUUCAAGAAAUAGGAAGAGCUGGACGAGACGGACUUCCUGCUCACUGUCAUCUCUUUAUUGACCCCGGGAAUGAUGUUGAUAAAUGGGAACUGCGACGACACAUCUUUUCAAAUGGAGUAGACAGACGAACGAUAAGACUUUUGCUUCAGAAAAUUUUCGUCCCAUGUUCCUGUGUAGCGAAGAACGCCCGGGAAAAUGGUCUACGAUGUCCAGGACACGAAGUCGCGAUUCCAAUUGAUGAAACGGUUCAAGCGCUCGACAUCACCGAAGAAACAAUUUCUACUCUUUUGUGCUACUUGGAACUCCAUCCGAAAAGAUUUAUUACAGUCUUAUCCUCGGCUUACUGCACCGCUCGAGUUUCGAGUUACGGAGGUACCAACGAUUUGAAAUUCGCUGCACAAACUUCACCACCUCUUGCAAUGGCAAUAGCUCAAGAUAUGAAGAAAGGAAAGAAUCAUGAGAACAGUGGAUUUAUCGAAUUUCCUGUUAUCGAUGUAGCCGCGACAAUUGGAUGGGACAGUGGAAUUGUCAAGAAUCAUUUGAAAAAUUUGGAAUGGACAACAGUUGAUGGAAAAUCGAAACGUUCGUCGAUAUCUGUAAGAUACUCUACUCUGGGUCUUAGAGUUAGAACACCGGGAGAUCUGACUGAGGAGGAACUUGAUACAGCGCUCAACGCGCUCGUUGAGAGAACCAGUUCUCAGGAAACUAUGGGUCUUAAGCAAAUUGAAGCAAUUCAUACGGCUGUGCAAAAAUAUAGCGUUCCAUCAAUCAAAAAGUGCCUUCAACUCGAUGAAGAAAUUCAAAAGAAGUCAGAAGAUCUUAAGGAAAUUAUACGAUCUUAUUUUAAAUCUGAUUCUUCUUUAGAACAUAUUGACGUGAAUCCUAAGACGAAAUUGUCCAACGAGACGGAAGUGAUAAACGACAUACGAAUCUUGAUUUCCAGCUAUCGUGAUACAAAUUUCUCGGCGAGAGCCAUAGCAAGAAUCUUUCACGGGAUACAAAGUCCAAAUUAUCCAGCUGUAACUUGGGGACGUUGUAGAUUUUGGCGAUCGCACUUAAAUUGUGAUUUUAAUUUGAUUUGCCAAUUAGCAGUUCAAGAAAUUCUUGCAAUGCACGUGGGAAGCUAGUUUUCGGUAUUCUCUCUAUUUUUAAUUUUUUGUUUCUUAGAAAACUAUUUUUACCAGUUUUUUCUCAGUGUUUCAUAAUUUUAUAGUUGCAGAAGACAUAGAAAAAUAUAGAGAGUGAACUCAUAUUAAUUUAAUAUGAAACCUAAAAAAAUAUCUAAAUUUUUCAAUUUUAACAUUUCAUAUUUUUAAUGAAGAAAAAAGAAAUUAUUUUAAAUGUUAUUAAUUUUACGUGGAGAAACAGAUUUUAAUAAUAUUACAUUUAUUUACACUGAAAUAUGAAAAGUAACAAAAUAUUAAUUUGGUUUGUGGUUGUAAUGUUCAUUGUAUUCUGAAAAUAUUCGAAACGAAAAUCGACGAAAGUUGGGCUUUUAUUCGUUUCUAGUCCAUUUAAUGAUUGUUUUUAAUCGUGACUAAACUUCUUAUAGAAUAAUUGUGAUAAUUUACAAUAAUUGUAAGUUUAAGCGCCUUUAGUUAAAUUAAGUAGUUAAUUUGUGUGUUCCUUGGCGUCCAUACCGAAAAAAUAAAGCGAUGUUCUAAUAUUUUCAAGAUAAUAUAAAAUGAGGUAAAAUAUCA